AUGUGCUGGCUGCGGGCAUGGCGCCAAAUCCUCUUGCCAGUUUUCCUUUCCCUCUUUCUUAUUCAACUGCUUAUCAGCUUCUCUGAGAAUCAUUUUUCCCACAUCGCCAGACAGAGGGGCAAGCAGAGAUCAAAGUCUUUGGAUGAUGCAUGUGCUGUAAAGAAAAAUUGUCAAUUAUGCACAGAAGAUAAGAAAUGUUUUUGGUGCAGUGAAGAAGGGGCUUGCAAAAAAAUGUGUCUUCCAUAUUUCGGGUGUCAAUUCAGUUCUGUAUAUUGGUCAAACUGUAGAGUUGACAUGUUUGGAUUCCUGAUGCUUCUACUCAUCAUGAUAUUAAUUGCAGUACUCAUUUGGUAUUGCUCUCAAGUCUGUGUUGCUGGAAGACCACGCACAGUUUAUAUUCACCGUGGGCCUACUGCUGGAUACGAUGAAUAGAUAACUGGAAAAGAUAGAUUUCCAGAGAGAAAGACAGUUUCUGCAAUGGGAUUCCCAUGGCAUUCCUUAGAUUGAAGUCGCUUUUGAUGAUGCUAAUCCAUCUUCAAUGUCUCUGCUGUAGAUAAGAGUACAGGAAAAGAGAACAAGAUUACAUCACUACAGACAAGAGCCACUUGAGCAAGGAAGACAUUGAGCGCAUGCUCCAGGAAGCUGAGAAGUACAAAGCUGAAGAUGAGAAGCAGUGGAACAAGACAAUGUCAAACACAGACAAAUAGAGACGAGGAUAAUGGACACCCACGUACCUACUAUCCUGCUUCAACAGUACUUCUUUCACUCCUUCGGAGGGUGCCAUUUGUUUCCUGCGGGGAUCCUGGCUGAUGGAGGGCCUUCCUGUGCAUUUUGACUGUUCACUACAGCCUCAACAGGGAGCAACAAAUUGGCAGCUUAUUUCUGAAAACAACCGAAUGGACAUUAUCGCACAGAUUAAAAUGGAGGAAGUGGUUUUAGACAACUUCUCUGCCUGUUCCGUGAAACUUGGUUCCUUAACUCCUUUCCAGGCACCCUAGCUCAUCUUAAACUGGGCUUUGUUUUGUACACAGUACUACAGAGAAGGGACACAUUUGGUGCUGUCUAAAAUAAGUGAAUCACAUUGAUCAACAACAUUUAUUCCCACAAAUUAAUAAAUGCUUUAUCUUUUCACUCAUAAGACAAAAGGAAACACUUGGGAAGAAUUUUUUUUUUGUGAGGGAGUCCUUUUAAUGAGAAGAUUGAUUGUGUGGUCAUAGAUAAGCAACCUAUCUGUUUUCUACAGUUUCAUGAAAAUAAUUUUGUCAUUAAUGAGAUUUGCUAGUAAGGCAGAAAGGUCAUAUCUAUAAGGAUAGAGUCAUUUGUAAUAUGAGACCCUGGUCUCCUUUCUCAUCAAGAGAACGAAUCAUUUCAGAUUUAGUCUCUUUGCCAGUAGAUACAAUAAAAGGAAUAUACAAUUUUAUGAAUUAGUAUUUGGAAAUAGACUGUUUUUCAUCAUGACCCAUCAGGGGUCCAUAGAAUUGUCUAAAUCAAUAGGAAGCUAGAGAAGGAAGAAGUAGGGAAAGAACUAAUUUUAUCGAAUGCCUUCUUUAUAUCAUAAGUGCUCUCAGCUUUAUUAUCAGUGUAAUCCUCGUAGUAAUCCUAGGAGGUAGAUGUUAUUAUUCCUGUGAUAGACAGGAGGGAAGUGAAGCUCAAGGAGGAUAAAAUGCUCCAAAGCCCACAGCUAUAACAGCCACUAUUUACGUAUUGCCAUGUUUGAUUCUAUGGGCAGCACUUUACAGCCUGUGAAAUUUAGCCUAUACCCAUAAUUCAGAUAAGGUGGCUGAAGCAUCUUGCUCCACAGUCACAUAGAUGAGGACUGGCAGGUUAGAAUUCUGAGUCAAUCCUGGCUGAUUUCAAUCCUUACUAUUCUUACUACCGUCUGUUGGCUCCCAAGGGAGAUGGGUACGCUGUUAUAAUUUCUUUUUCCAUCUCCAGCUUCUCUUCUCCUUCACCAGUGUCCAUUCAAUCAUUCUUUGUUAGAUCUUUCACUUUGAUAAAGGACACGAAAGCAAAUGUGUGCAGACAGGUCCUUUGUCAUCAUAUUUCAUUGCACAAUCAGUCUCAACAGUGGGCCUGUUCUUUCCUUGCUCAUUUUGUUGUCUAACAUAAUUUUCUCCUUUCAUUGUCUCCAGUCAUUUGCACUCAAGUACUCCUAAAAUAUUUUAAGAAGCAAUAAAUUCCUCACCACAUUUCUAAGUUGAUGCCUAAGAUUCUUUAUCAUGCUAAAAGAGGUGUAAAUAUACGUAUAAAUUCCAAUAAUGACAUUUAAAAAUAAGCUGUCAAAUCACUAUUUAAAAACUCUCUAGUAGAAUCUAAAUAAUAUAACAGUUUGAUGCCCCAUCAUACAUUGUAAGUAUACAUAAAUAAGUUCUUCUUUACCUGUAGGAAAUUUUCCUGUUUGUUUUUCUUCUUGAAAUUAUAUUUCCAUUCCACUUCCUAAUAUAUCUUUAUACUUCAAAAAUUUCAUGAAUCACAUACUUCUAUGCAAUGAAAAUAUGUCAAUAAAGGGAAAUAAUUUUAAAGUUUUGUGACCAUAAGGCUCUAAGUAUUAGAAAAUUCUACACAAUUUCUCAAAAUAGCAUAAAUGCAUUACAAGUAUUGAUGAAUAAUUACUAGAUAUAAAAUGUAAAAUUGUA